UCUCUUUGGGAAAGUGUACCAACGCGAUGCAUUGUGGGACUUUAUGUAAACCCAACAUGGCGGCGGCCUGCGCCAGAUCGCUGGUUAAGGUCGGUUGUACGACUCUGGAGAGUUCCGUUCUCCCCCGAUCUGGCACCGGUGCCCUUCUGUUGGGGAACGCCGGCUCUCGAGUGUCCCGGAGGGCCUACUUCGGCACGGGCGGCAGGACCGGAGCCCGCUCUGGGACGCUGUGGUCUUUGCGGGGAGGUAGAAACGGUGCGCUGAGCUGCGCCUUCCUGCUCGGCGGCGGUGUCGGUCUCUAUCACACCGUGAAAUUCUACUGGGACCAGGAGCGACACCUCGCCCAGGAGCAAGCCCAGGCUGCCCCCGCAGGAGCCCCCUUAGCGUGCCUGACGCUGUACCAGUACCAAACGUGUCCGUUCUGCAGCAAAGUGCGAGCCUUCCUGGAUUACCACGGCCUGGCCUACCGCGUGGUGGAGGUGAAUCCCGUCAUGCGACAGGAGAUCAAGUGGUCCACCUACAGGAAGGUUCCCAUCCUCACGGUGGACGAGCACCUGCAACUGAACGACUCGUCGGUCAUCAUCAGCUCACUCAAGACCUUCUUAGUCAGCAAGGGUUCCAACAUGUCUGACAUUUUGCGUUGUUACCCCGAGCUGAAAUACGUGAACGACAGCGGCAAGCAGGUGACGGAGUACAGCAAUAAGUACUGGCUCAUGCUCAGCGAGGACGACACGGCCACAGUGUACCCCGACAAAGGCACGCAGAAGGAAGAGAUGAAGUGGCGUCAGUGGGCCGACGACUGGCUGGUGCACCUGAUCUCGCCCAACGUGUACCGCAGCACCGGCGAGGCCUUGGCCUCCUUCGACUACAUCGUGCGGGAGGGCAAGUUUGGCGCCCUGGAGGGCGUCUUCGCUAAGUACGUCGGUGCCGCCGCCAUGUUUAUCAUCGCCAAGCGCCUCAAGAGCCGGCACAAUCUUCAGGACGACGUGCGUCAGGACCUGUACAAGGCCGUCAACGACUGGGUGGCGGCCGUGGGCAAGAAGAGGAAGUUCAUGGGCGGGGAGCAGCCCAACCUGGCCGAUCUGGCAGUGUUUGGCGUCCUGCGCGUGAUGGAGGGCCUGGAGGCCUUCGAUGACAUGAUGGCCAACACCAAGGUGAAGCCGUGGUACCGGCGCAUGGAGGCGGCCACCCGCAACCACGAUGGACGCUCAUAGUCGUUACGGCAACCGUGUUGUUGAUAAAAAGAAACUCACUGCUUUGCAGAGGGCACGGGGGACUUAUCGAUGCUCGUCUGAUCGUAUUGUUUUGCUCUGGAAUAUUACGGUCAUCCUCAAGAUUCAAUGCAAUAAAAGGCGGAUUUUUACGGUUUAUGUUGGCGGUUGAGCGCCUCUCUUGUAAAGUUCCGUUUGGGUUCAUUAAAGUGUCCCUGAAAAAAGAGAGGGGUGGAAAGAAAAAGGGUUAACUUAUUCUUCUUGUGUUGAGGUUUCCAUGAUGCAGGAUGCUGAUGCUGCCAUAUGAGGGCACUCUUCAGUUGGUGUUCAUCUGACGUGAAAACAUUUCAUGAAAAUGUUUCACUAAUCCAAAUGUACUCAGACUGCAGGAUUCAUGUGCAUACAAUAAAAACAAGAAUGUG